GGUAAUAUGUUCGCCAUGUUGCGAAAUACAGGAAGAAAUAUUUUGCAUUUUGACAUCCCUUAACAUUGUUAUCCUAUAUAUCGAACCCGGAAGAUUCGUAAAUGAUCGGAUGCUUAAUAAUCGUUUUACAAUUAAUUGUCACGAUGAUUGACCAAAUUAGUCAUCGGUAUAUUCAUCAACUAACACUAUGAUCGUGUCAGUGUUAUUUAAUACAGCUUGAACAACUUCAGAAUUACAUAUUUGUCACGUAAUUUUGUGUAAACUGGUGUAUGCAGGAGUAUGAUUAAUUUAUUUAUAAAAUUCUUAUACGAAGGAAGGAAGUUCAUCUUACAAGCGAAGCUUCCUCGUUCAUUACUCGCUGUUUGGUAAAUAACUUCGAGAAUACGCUUCCUUGUUGCUCUCAAGAGUUCGUGCCGUCUCGCUCCGGGCGGAAGUAUUGCGACAACCGGAAGAACACGCUACUUUAUAAAUAUACAAAGUGCACAUGAUUAAUUGCUGCAUAGGGUUCUACGGACAGUUUGUAUAUAAGCCGCAUGUCAGAUAUAAGAUUCGCGUAUUCGAGAGUUUGUGUUGUUCACAUCGUAAAAUCGCGUAAGUCUUUAUCUCAUCCAAUUAAUUGAUUUUCGAUUUGAAGAAUUUAAGCAUUUCAUGUUUCUACGGCGUCAUAAUUAGGCUACGAAUAUUUAUGCAGAUCUAUAUUUUUGCUUGAACGCGACUAAGCAAAUGGAACCUAAUCGGAAAUAUUUCGUUCAUUAAAUAUUGUAAUAAAUACACUGCAAUUUAAAUAACUUUUUAUACUUUUUGUGUAUUAUGUACAUCCUACGCGUUCUAUGUUCGUACAUUUUUACACCUUUGAAAAUUUUCAUAAAUACAGAAACAUCCGCAGUCUGAUUCUAAAUAUUUGAGAUUUUCGUGUGCAAGUGUUUUGGUCGGUCUCAUAUAAAAAGAAGCUACAACGAUGACGAAAAGUCAGGAUAAAGUUUCUACCGAACACAAUUGCUCAGAGUUUCGAACAAUUUUAAUAUUUACUCCCCGUAUUCUUUUCUCUUUUUUCACUUCCCUUUUACAGUCCCGUAAAUCAUUUUCUACGAGAAACGAUAGGAUGAAAAGAUUGAUCUACAUCGUCCUUUGUCUAACGACCGUAACAAAUAUUGUACCGCCGAGUAACGGUAAACCAGUGGUGCCAAAACCUUUGAUCCUCUCAGGACUUAGCUUAAAUUGGCCAUGUCAAAGUACGAAGAACAUUUACGAGACAAGCGGUCGUUACAUCACAAGAAACGUGAUCGCUACCAGAGCACAAAUAUACGAAGACCAAGCGAUCCUAGCUCUGCCACGCUAUAAACCAGGAGUACCAUUUACUUUGGGUGUUCUUUCCAUGAAAUCGCAAAGUUGCGAGCCAAAGGUAGCCCCAUUCCCCUGCUGGGCAAUUCAGGAAGAAGGAAAUUGCCAGGCACUGCAGAGUGCGGUAGAUAUAGUUCUGGAUGUACAAGAUAUCUUGUGGGUUCUCGAUGUUGGAAUCGUCAACACUUUGGAGCAACCUGUACGUAGAUGUCCUCCGAAGGUCGUUGGAGUCAACGCCAAGAGCGGAAAGGUUGUAAAAGUGAUCGACUUGAGCUCGUUGGUAGACAAUACCUCGCAGCUCCAAUACAUGGUCAUUGACUACGCAGAAGAUGGUCAAGUCUAUGUGUACAUUUCUGACGCUGGUACCGGUGCCAUCAUCGUUUAUAAUGUCACGACUGAUAACGGAUAUCGCGUGGUUCUUCCAUCAGCAGUGGCAUCCAAUACAGACAAACCCGACGUCCUAUACAUGGCGCUCGUUAGAAGGAAGAGCUGCGGAUCGGUCGUCUAUUUUACGUAUCUAGGCUCCAGCAGAAUGUUCGCGGUCAAAGCAGUGAAUCUGAGAACAGGAAACGCGAAUGGAUCCAUAGUAGACAUCGGCAGAAAGAAGAACAAGAUCGUACUUCUGGGCACUGACAAUGGAUCUGCCAUCUUUUUCAGAAUUAAGGGUGAUUCCAAUAUCUACAUGUGGAACACCGACACUCCUUUCGUCCAAGACAACUUCCUUUUAGUCGAACAAGCUGGAGAGUGUCGACUACCAACGGGAGUUAUUCCUGGUUAUAAGGAUCUAAUGUGGGUGAUCGAGAGUAACUUCCAAGAUUACAUCGAGAAUUCCGUCAGCUGUUCCGGAGCAUCGGUGGCUAUCCAUCCACUAGUGAGUUCUGCCGGCGAAUAGUACUAAAAGCCGGAA